UCUCUUUCUCCACAUUCCACUUUAGGACGCGCAGCUUUUCUUUGGCUUCGCUUGUGUUCCGUGCGGAUGAUGAGCGGCGGGAAGCUCAGGCCAAACUAACUUUCCGGGAAGUGAAUGCAGAUGUUUGGAGUUUGAGGCAAACUGGAGAACAAAGGAGGUCUAGCCUAGUUAGCUUCACCAAGGAAGGAUGGAAGCUACGAGAACGAAUUAUAGUGUUUUAAAACGGCAGCUGAUACGGAUAGAAUAACACACACACACACACACUUUAGGAUAGAAUGUAGUGGUGCUUUUUGUAACCAAAACAGAAAAACUAGAAGCACGAAGAUAAUCCUCAGGGACGCGCGAGUUAAAGAUGGAUGAAUGAGGAGCAUGAGGAUAUGGUAACACACACACAGAGAGAUGGUUCAACAUGGCUUAUGAGACGGAGAAGACAUGCCUCUUGAUUCCGCGGGAAUCACGUGCAUCCUGUGUGUUCCACACGGCGGAUGAGAAAGAUGAAAUUCCAGGCAUAGGAGAGGACAGUGUUUUAGAAAUGCUGAGUUACUCAAAGUUCAUGGAUCUGGAGUCGUGGCUUUGCAUGCCAUCAACCUUACUGCCCAGGAGCUUGGACUCGACCUGCUCUGCCUCGCCACAGUCUACUGAUAGUGACUCUGGAGAUGCUGAAACCAGCAGGCCCCCUGAGAGGAAGUCAGUCUAUCUGAACCACUCCCUAGAAAGGGAAAGCUGUCAUGUGCCACCUUCCCCCACUGUGCCAGUCUCUGUGACCCCUCUGGCCCCGCAGACCUCCUCCACUCCAGCUCCGAAGCCAGGGACACACUCCUGUAAGGAAAGUGCGAGUAUAAGGAAGCGCCGCCGUCUUGCUGCCAGUCCCGGAGGCCUGCACUGGAAUGCUUCAGGCUCAGUGCUGCGUGAAUAUGAGCGAGGAGAAGCGGCUGGUGCAUCGCAGGUGAAACGUGUCCCUAAACCUUACGAGUCUGCGACGCCUGGUGCAGAGCUGAGGGGGGACAGAGCGGCACUCAGGAAGUGUGUGUCGGUGGAUGACAGCCUGCUGCAGCGGACACCCACAGAGCCUGGCACACUGCUGAGCCGCCUGGAGAGAGGAAAGAAGAAAGUCAGAAACAUCUACAGCCUCGGGGAGACUGGAAGAUACGAAACUCAUAAAAAAUCCGAGAGCAAGAUUUCUCGCCUGGCUCAGAGACUCAACCAAAGGCAGAGAGAUGCCGCACUGAUCAAGGACUUUCGGCCGCUUCUCUUCUUCAGUGUUUCUCCAGGGAGCUCACAGAGCCUUGACAGGAGCUUCUGUGUUAGUAUGACCCAGCAGAUGCAGAAUCUCCAGCUGAGCCACAGUAAGAAGGGGGCUGCUCCUGUCUCCCCCAAUGCAGCCAAGCGCCUUUACCGGAACCUCUCUGAAAAGUUCAAGGGCAGCCAUUCGUCCUUUGAGGAUGCUUACUUCUUUGGCCGCUCAGAUCGCAUCCGCAAAGCCUCGAAUAUUCAGAGCAGUGAGGCUCUAUUCGAGGCUGUGGAACAGCAAGAUCUGGAUGCUGUACAGAUUCUUCUGUUCCAGUACACAGCAGAUGAACUGGAUCUCAAUACACCCAACAGCGAAGGUCUGACUCCGCUUGACAUCUCCAUCAUGACCAACAAUGUGCCAAUAGCCAAGCUGCUGCUCAAAGCAGGGGCCAAGGAAAGCCCACAUUUUGUGAGUCAGGAAAGCCGUGAGGCUCAUCUCUCAGCACUGGUGCAGGAAGCUCAGAGGCGAGCGAGCGAUCUCUCCACGCAGGUGAUGAGAGAGAGCCUCAGUCUGGAGACGUCAGACAAGGAGAAGCAGCUCAAGGCCUGGGAGUGGAGAUGCAAGCUCUACAAACGCAUGCGCACUGGAUUUGAGCACGCACAGGCUCCAGAGGCUCCGACAGCUGUACGUUUAACUGUGAGCAGCAACACAUCUCUCACUGUCACAUUUCAGGAGCCAGCCAGCAUGAAUUCAGCUGUAGUCACCAGAUAUAAAGUGGAGUGGAGCUGUCUGAAGGACUUCUCUUUAUUAGCUGGAGAACUGAUCCUUGAAAAUCUACAGUGUCUUAAAUGCACAAUAACAGGCCUUACAACGGGGAGGCAGUACUAUGUUCGUGUAUCUGCCUACAACAUGAAGGGCUGGGGGCCAUCAAAACUCUCUCACCCCCCUUGUGCUGCUCCUUCCAACUGGAAGGAGAGCGAUGGUAGAGAGUCCCGGAGGAGAGGGCACAUUGAGGCCAUGGAAAGACUGCUCCAGCAGGUCCGCGCCACACACCAACACUACAGCUGUGGAGACACGUCAAAGCUGCAGAACCCCAGUCGCAAGCAGUCCGUCUCUAAAAGCCUGAAACAUCUUUUUCAUUCCUCCACAAAAUUUGUCAAAACUCUGAAAAGGGGGAUCUACAUAGCCGCAGUGUUUUAUCAUAAGGACAGUCUACUGGUGACUAAUGAGGAUCAGAUACCCAUCGUGGAGGUGGAGGACUCCUACAGCAAUUCCCUCAUGCAGGACUUUCUGUGGUUUACCAAGCUUUCGUGUAUGUGGGAAGAUGUCCGAUGGCUCCGGCAGAGCAUGGCUAUUUCCGCCUCGUCCUCUUCCACACUGCAGUCCAGGCAGAAGAUGCUGGCUGCCACCGGCCAGCUACAGAACCUUUUGGGCACGCACAACCUGGGCCGUGUCCACUACGAGCCGAUUAAAGACCGCCAUGGCAAUGUACUGUUAGUGACCGUCAGGGAGAUGGACAGCUCUUAUUCCUUCUUCAACGGAAAGUGGAUGCAGGUGUCCAAACUUCAGAGCCAGAGAAAGUCUCUGUCCACCCCUGAAGAGCCCUACGCCCUGGAUAUUCUGCUCAUCACCAUACAGGAUAUCUUGGCGUAUCAGCGGCGAAGUCAGCACCAUCUGUCUCCAGGCCUGUACCUGGGCUACUUAAAGCUCAGCAGCUCUGUGGAUCAGAUCAAAGUGCUGGUGCCACAGCGAACACCCAGCAUGCUCUGCCACUCCAGGAUACGGGACAACUGGAAUGUCUCCAGAGAUGAGUGGGAAUGGCUGAAUACUCUGUCUGGCCCUGAGGAUGUGGAAAGUGCAGGUCAGGCAGGAGACUGCAACGCUCCCUUGCUCUUCUGCGAGCUCCAGACAGCCAUUAAGAAUCUGCUCCGCCAGAUCAAUCUACCUCUGCACCAGGUACGAAACAAAAAGGCUAAGCACUUCCGUCUCUACACACAGGAGGUGCUCGAGUUGGGUCACAAUGUGUCCUUUCUUUUGCUGCUGCCUGCCUCAGACGCCGUGUGCACUGCCCCAGGCCAGGCCAAUCCCUACACACCCCACUCGGGCUUCCUCAACCUCCCUCUUCAAAUGUUUGAGCUCGUUCACUUCUGUGCAUAUAAGGAGAAGUUUAUUAGCCUGUACUGCCGUCUGUCCUCUGUGCUCGACCUGGACGCCUUGAUAACGCAGCAGGCUUUGAGAGAGGCCAUUACAGAUACUGAACUGUCCAUUGCUAAACAAAGACACCAACAUAUACUUGACUAUAUUCAGCAAAUGGAUGAGAUGUGGCGAGAUAUCCGGUGGAUCACUGAUGCCCUGCAGUAUGCCCGCUAUAAACAGCCUCUGGGCGGUGUGCCCAUCACGUGGCUGAUUGAUGCUAGCUCAGAAUCCGUACCACAGAAGUAUGACUCUAUCUCCUCCAGCGCAGACUACCUUCCUACUCCCUCUCCCUCACCUGAGUUAAGAAGAAAGGCUACAGAAGACUCCCAGGCAGUCUCUGAUGAAGAAGGCUGCUCUGAGGUCUUCCUCCCGACAGACAGCGACUAUGACUCCAGUGAUGCUCUGAGCCCACGAGAUCUAGACCUGGUUUAUUCUUCAGCCCAGGAUCUAUCCCAUCAGGCUGUGCACACACUGAGCGGCAGCGCCCCUGACGUCCUGCAGAUGCACGACCUCAAACCCAGCGCCUGCUCUAAGCCAAUACUGGAGACUGACUCCUUCACUAAAGACCUGGAGGAACUGUCCCUGUCCUCUUACUCCAGCAGAUCAUCAGAAAAGACGUCUCGCUACAAGCGCAAGCUGCUCUCUAGGAGUCAGCCCCAGAGGAGCUGCUUCAGUGGAACACAUCGCUGGCUGAGGGUCCAGAGUGAGAACCAGACACCUUCACUUUCAGAGGGGAUUUACACCCGGCAGAACGAGCUGGACCUGCCUCUAGAGCUCCCUGUCUCUUUCCCACGCUCCUCCUACAGCAUGGACAACUGGAAGGAAAAUAAGAGUGAGAGCAAAUGCACUGUGCACAGGAUCUUUGUGGAGUCAUGCAAUGAGACAUACCUGAGUGGAGAUGGUGCUCGAUGGCCAGAUGAAAAGGAUGAGGCACAUGAAGGAGCUGCAGCAGGAGGGACGGCAGCUCAGGAAGCGGACUCGGACGACCAAACCAAUGAACUGGUUUCUGACAUACUCAGCAGCACUCUCUAGAACGAGCCAUCCUGUGUUAUUGUAUGUCAUGUCGAUGUGUUUUAUCAUAUUGCCACUAGACAGCCUCUAAGUGAAUACAGUUAUGGCAUGUAGACUCUUCGUGUUCUAGUAUGUGGAAAAUCCAUUAAAAGAAUGUGCAGGAAGAAAAAAACAAGUUGCUGGUCAACUCUGUAGGACUCAUAAACAGUGGCUAUGACUGUUAAUAUACUUACUAUUAAUGCAACAUGAAAUAACAUGCUGCUUUAACUUUUGAACUUGAAACUGCCUCUGCAGAGACUGAUAUGACAGGUGAAAAGUAGUACUUUAACUCCCAGUCUUUAGAAUCGGCUUUCAGAUUUAGUUCUUACAUCUGAGGUAUAAACAUAUGCCUGUGAGUUAAUCAGGUAUACGUUUGCUUCCUAUUGGCAUACACUAAAGUCUCACCUGAAAAAUGUAUUAGUAUCGGAUAAACAGUACCUUUCAAAUGCUUGGACACACCUACUCAUGCAUAGGUUUUUCUGUAUUUUGACUGUUUUCUACAUUCUAGAACAAUACUGAAGACGUCAAAACUAUAAAACAAGACCAUCAGUGGUGGCAUAGUGCACUCCGACCCCAUCUAGUUCAAAAGGAACGAUCUGAAGUGGGCCACCUUGUGCAAUAAAUGUUGCAAGCUACAGUAUAUACACCCUAGGGCCAGAAAUUUGCCAGAAAUUGACCGAGAAGAAGUGAUUUUUGUUGAACUGCUCAUUAAGGCUUAAUUAGUCCAUAACUUCAUUAAUAAUUGUAAUUAAGCAAAUCUGAGUAGAAGUUAUAUGCACCUUAGGUAUGCCUACCUUCAGGCCAGAAAGAAUCAAAAUCGGUGAUGAAUUGAAGGAGAAGAAGCAAUUUGUAUGGAAAUUGCUCAUUAGUGCUUAUUACUCCAUAUCUUAAUUAUUAAUUGCAAUUAUGUAAAUUUGGGUAGAAGCUAUAUGCACCCCGGGCAGACCGACCUUCCUGCCAAAAAGAAUAAAAAUCGGUGAAGAAUUGAGAGAGAAGAAGCGAUUUUCAUGAAAUGUGGAUGACGCCGGACAGAUGCCAGACAACACAUGAUGGCAUAAGCUCAUCGCCUGUCAGCCGGAUGAGCUAAUAACAUCUCAUCUCAUUAUCUGUAGCCGCUUUAUCCUGUUCU